AUGCUUGUGGUGCACUCUGUUGUUGUUGAAACAAUUUUAUUUAGUAAUCUCUGCUUUCCAAGGUUGCGUCAUUGUCUCUCACGACUGUCUCAACACCACCAAACAUCCAAAAAGAAAACACCACCAACAUCUCAACUUGGAAGUACUGCACCUUCUCUUGACGCCAUUCGCCCUUCCAAUACUCGGGUUGAGUGGAUACCCGUUGAUGAAGUCAAACAGCAGCUAUUCAAUAUCCCACCCGGAGUGAAUUUCAUGCCGGUUCUUGUUGCUGCAGAUCAGGAAAGAUCAAUUAGAGAGGGAGAGAGGUUAGCAUCUCUACGGUCUCGCCUUCCGCUACAACGAGUAAGUUUUGUUUUCUAA